AUGGAGGAACCAGAACAUCAUCUGCAUCGAAGUUCGAUGGAUGACCAAACCAAAACAAAAUAUACUCCUGUUACACAUGUUAUAUUCGAACUCGAUGGCAUUUUACUUGAUACCUUUGAAAUUCAAAAGAAACGUUUAAAUCAUGUAUUCUUUACAAAACGAGGAAUAAAAAUUAAACCUGAAUCAUGGUAUACAAUUCAAGGACAAAGUGAUGAGGAUCAAAUAAAUGUUUUAUAUGAUGAAUAUUGUCUGAAAAAGUUUCCUAGAAGAAUAAGAGAAUCACCGCAUACAUUAUUAAAUGAAUAUCGAUCGGGAACAAUGUUAGAUUAUUUAUUGUGUGAUAUAAUGCCAGGUGCACGGCGAUUAGUAUCACAUUUAAAACAUUUUGAUAUUCCAAUGGCAAUAUGUUCAUCAACAACACCACAAUUUUAUUCGAAGAAAAUACGUAACCAUUAUCAAUUUUUUGAUUGUAAUUUUCAUCAUGCCACAUUAUUGGGUAUAACUACACCAAAUGGGAAACCGUCAUCAGACUUACAUAUCCAAUGUGCUAGAGACUUCAAUCCGGAAGAUCCGCCACAACUAAGUAAAUGCUUGGCUUUUGAAGCAUCAAUGGCAGGAACUGCAGCAGCCAUAACAUCAGACAUGCAAGUUGUAAUGGUACCAAACUCAUUUUUGAUGGGAUCUAAAUUAAUGAAGUAUCCAACAAUAGCUAUUCGCCAUUUAGAUGACUUCAUACCAGAAAUGUUUGGACUUCCUCCAUAUUGUGAAUGUGCAAAUUCGAAACAAAUAAAUGAAAUAGUUCGAACGUAUUAGAAAGUAAAGCU